GACUGGCAACACUGACCCGCUAGAAGCAUAACGCCCGUAGUAACGCCAAUCAAAGCUCGCGCAAGAAACCGUUUUUGUUGUCGCGUGUGAAUUCUACGCAAACUUGAAACUUCCACACUUCCGUCAGAAAAUAAUAAAUAAUAAAUAAUAAUAAAAAUGCAGCAUCCAGCGGUGCAUUAUUCCGGUGCAUAUACCACGCAUCACCAAUAUCAAAACGGGAUUUCCAAGGCCCCGGCAGCUUGCGAUCCCAACUUGCAGUUUUUCAAGCAAACAUUCCAGCAGCCGCUGCAGUUUGGGUUGCCAGGUUACGGCCAUCCCCAGCAACCCCCGGGUGCCGUCGUGGGAACUCACUCCUCGGCCAGUACAAAACCGUGGCCUUCCGAUGAAAAUUUCGACACUUCGUCGGGCAGUUCCGUUGAAAGUGUGUCCCAUCCGGUGGCAUCACCCAUUUCUGAAAUGUUUCCCAUUCAGGAUUUCCAACAGUUGACCGAGCUGGAGAAUCGUAUUGCAUCGGUGCAACAGUAUGAAUCCUUGCUAUCACAACUUCAAGCAAUUUCGUUCCGUUGUAACGGUUUGAUGAACGAAAUGUGGCGAAGCUUCAUUUCGGAUUCGGUUCUGGGACGGAUUGGUUUUGCUCGCACCAAAAACGGGAAGUACAGCUGUGCGAUGCGGAGCGAUCUGCAGCGCAUUAUGAUGGCCAUCAAAGCUUCAUGGUUUCCAACUCUGGAUCAGGGUGCAUUCGAGAUCCAAAUGGCACAUUUGCUCAAAAACGCUCACAGCCGUUGCAAGACUAAAGUUAACGACUCUGGUGAAUCGCCGCCAGUGAACAGUCCUGCUUCGUCUAAGGACCUGGAAGCUUCUUUGAACGUUGAAUGUCCAUCCGUAACCGCUUAUCAACCGAAUGUGCCGGCAUCGCAACCUCCACCGGUUCUGUCAGCUCCUCCCCAGCCGGAAGUGCACAUGUUUCUUCAGAAUCAGUGGUAUCGCUAUGCCGUCUACUACAGGGAUCGAUAUCAGGUGGCCAGGAAGGCCAACCAGAAGAUGAAGGCGGACUAUGUCGAGCAGGAGAAGGACUAUAGGAAACGGAUUUCUGCUUGUCUCAAGCGAGUCCGAUCCAUGCAACGGUGCAUGGAUGCACUGGAGAAGCGGCUGCAGUGAUCAUCCGAUUAUGGGGGUUAUUGAGUUACGAUAUCAAUGAGGCAUGUAAGCCAUACAAACAUAUCGACAAUUUUGUUGAUUGGAUUUUAAUACUUUUAAUUUUUUGUUACGUCACCAACUGAUAUUGGAUACUGUCGUAUUUGUGAAGUGUAGAUGAUAGAAUUUCAGCAAACUUAGAUAUUUGGUAAUACAAGUGAUCUUCGAUAUCAUGUA